UUGAGGUUGCACCCUCAGCACCAGGGGCUGACGCGGCUGCGCCUGGACGAUCUCUGGGUAUCGUCAGCAGAUCUCAUCAACAUGUUGUUAAGAGGCCCUAGCCGUGCCCAAGGCAACGACACCAACAUUGGCAGCCCACUAGUCGAACUUGUGCUUUCGAGGAUAGCUCUGGGCCGGCCCCUUUCGGUGACGACAAAUAUCACAGACGAACAGGGAAGUUGGCGUCGUGUUUUCAAAGCGGCGAGAAAGCAUUGUCCCAAUCUGACAAUCCUCCGUCUCGAGGGGCUCCGAUAUAACCCUUACCGGGCCACGACGUCGCUGGACCAGAUGGAGCACCUGACUUGCCCGAGGCAAAGAGGCUGGUUGAUCUCGUCCGCUCCAGCCGGGGUGGGAAUGCGUACGCCUAUCUGGGCGAUGGAACGUGGCUGGCGGAAUGUCUGUAGAGCUAGCGAGUGCUCACUGACGGUAUUUUGUCCAUUCUGCUCGAGAUGGCUUGGACCGGCACUCAUUCAUAAUACUUAAUUGUCACAACUAGUCCUAGCUGUUUCAAUGCUGACUUUAUGAUUCUA